AUGAAUUUCUACGUAGUAUUUUUCGCAUACUUAUUCGCCUUAGUUGUGAAUGUUUGUUCUUACAUAAUUCCACGAGAAACUCUUGUCUCUGAUGGAUGUGCAAGAAUUCAUAAUGAAUUUAUUGCUAAACAAAAAACCAGUUUUUGUUAUGCCGACGUCAAAGAUUGUUAUGAAGGCUUUCCGUUUAAUAAAGAUACGAUCGAUACUUUAACUGGUCUUGUCGGUGGAUUUUAUUCAUUUUUGGAUAAAGCAAAGGAACCUCCACAAACCGGCUUUGACUCUAAACCAAUGGAUUUAGUAGCUGAAUUAGAACUUCAUGCGCAUACAAUAUUUAGUUCAAAUUGUUUCACAACAUUUAUUUUCUAUACGAACGUAACAUUUUAUUCUGUUGUUGAUAAUGGAGAGCAGAAAAUUAAAAUCUUUAAUGACACUAUUGACCGAUCUAAUAUUGAUUGCGAAGUAACUCAUAUUGAUGGUCAACCAGCAUUACAAGUAAUUUCCGAAUAUGCCAAAAAUUUAGUUUAUGCAUCAAGAGAUCUUGGUGUACGAUUUAAUAUAGCUCUUGAUCUUACCUAUUUAUCAGCAUCUUUUGCCGUACGAUUUGAAAUACCACAAAAGCCAUAUAUCACUUACACACUUAAAUGUGAUAAUACUAAUGAAUUUGAUAUUAAAAGAGACUGGAAUGCUUUUAGUAAUCGUGCAUUUUUAAAUAAGUUUAAUGAUUCAAAAUCUUAUUUUGAUAAUAUUUGUAAUUCUAUAGAAGGAAGCAAACCAUCUAUAUCUCUUAGUUCUAAACUUCGAGAAAUUACAAAUGAAUUCGAUAAAACUGAUGGGAUAUUAGCUUCAGAUCUAAGUGUAACUAAAAUAAGAACUGUUGAUAAAUUUGUUGGAUUUUUUAAAGUACAAGAUUUUGGUGUUGUUAAAAUAUUCACUGAAGCUCCCCUUACAAUAAGUGUUGCCAUAAUUACGGAUGUGAUUCAUGGUUUUAAUGAUCUAGCAAAUACGGGUGUUAAAAAGAUUGUUCUUGACUUAUCUGACAACGUUGGUGGAUAUCUCGUCGUCUCCGUAUUUUUCAAUUUACUCUUAUUUCCCAGCACUUAUCCUACCUUUGACUUUGAUUUGCGAAUUACUGAACAAUUGAGACUUGCAAUUACUGAACAAUAUAAACUUGGCAUUAAAAAUAAUAUUUUCGAUAUGAAAGAAUAUAUUAAUGAAAAAUCUCAUGCUAAUUUUACAAGUGUUGAAGACAUCUUUGGUAAUAAUGUUUAUACACGUGGUGGUGUUAAGGGGAAUUAUUCUAAUAGAUAUAUUUUAAGUGACUCUGAGCUAAAUGUGAUUAGUCAGUUUAUUCAAAAUUUAACUACUCCUCUUCCUUGGAAACCUGAAGAUUACAUUAUUUUAACUAAUGGUUUAUGUGGUUCUGCAUGCGCUAAUAUAGCUGAACAUGCUGCUGAAUUUAAUAAUGUAACUACCGUUGCUGUUGGUGGAAUUGUAUCUAAUUCUUUAUUAUCUUAUUCUUCAUUUCCUGGUGGUUUUGUUUAUAAUUCAACUCAAAUAUUUGAUUCUUUAAGUCAAUUAGGUUUAUUAAAUAAUACUAUAAUGCCUAAACCUUUUCCUUUGGCUGGAAUGGAAGUCACUUUACCUAUGAAUGAAAUUUAUAGUAAAACAAAUCCUGAUGAAAUAUUAGAAUUUGGAUUUAGGCCUGCUGAUUUUAGAUUAUUUUAUGAUGAAAAAAAUAUUAGAAAUAUUUCUAUUUUAUGGUCUCAGGCUGCUGCUUUAAUUGGCUCAAUAAAAUAG